AUGAACCAGAUGAACGUCGGCAUGAACCCCGGGGUGGCAGGCCCCGUGGGUGGUGUCCCGAUGAUGAACAACGGCUCCUCGGCACCUCGUAAUGACGGCACCAUGAAUAACCCUGACAACUUGAUCAACAACCUCAACACCUAUAUCUACGACUACUUUUUGAAACGUGGUUACCAUGACUGCGCCCGCGCCCUUCUUCAGGAUGAAAACAUCAAACUUAACACUGACUCUGGUACUAAGCCCAGCCCUGGUAAUCGUCGCGACGAUGUGAACGGAAUGGAUGGCGAUGCGAUGAUGACCGAUGGGAAGGACGGGGAGAAGAUCAAGAUCCCCGAUGAUCUCCCUCGCCCCACUCUCGUCGGCGAAAGUCUGCAGUCCUCGUUCCUUCUGGAAUGGUUUAGUCUUUUCUGGGACUUCUUUUGGGCCCAGCGGAAGAAGGGCAGUAACCACGACGUGAGGCAAUAUCUCCAGCAUACUCAGGUUCGUGGGCACUCCGAACUCAUGGGUGCCUUUUGGGAAUCUGACAUGGAAUCACAGAACAUGAUGCGUAUGCGAGAGCAACAGCAAAACCACAUGAUCCGGCCGCAGCAACCUAUGAUGCCUGCCCACAUGAAUCCAAUGAUGCGUCAACGCAAUGGCAUGGGCCACCCUAACCUAGCCAAAGCCGCGUUGCAGCAUAACAAUCCCCUAACCCAGCAGCAGAUCCUUCAACUCCAACAGCAACAGAAGUUGCAGGUGAUGCAGCAAAUGCGCGAACAGGCUAGUAUGGAUGAGAUGAAUGGGAACCGACCGCAGUCCCCUGCCUCUACCGACAAUGCCCCGUCGCCGUCGAAAAAGCCUCGCCUUGAGGGCCACCCGAACGGACAACAGUUGGCACCUGGCGGACGUGGACAGGGACAGGGAAUGCCAGUACAAAACCCACAACAGAUGAUGAUGCCGAAUAUGCCGAAUGGAAUGAAUCCGCGGAUAAACCAACAGUUCCAGUUUACACAGGGACCGUCUGUUCCGGCGCAACAAAAAAACUUGCAGGUAAAAUAUGCUCAAGACCUAGCCUCUCAUCACACGCGCUCAGCAUUGAAUUACCAGGGUAUUCCGAAUGGUGGUAUGAUGAACCCCGGUGUGAUGCCAAACCAGGGGGAUCUGGUGCAAAUGCCUGACGGCCAGGGAAUGUACCCAAUGGGUACAGAGUACUACGCCAACGGUCAGCUCGCCCAGGUCCGCCCCGGGAUGGCAGGCACACCGAACGGUCAGCACGGCAACCACGCUCUCCAAGAUUAUCAGAUGCAGCUUAUGCUGCUCGAGCAGCAGAAUAAGCGUCGUCUGAUGAUGGCUCGCCAGGAGCAAGACACCAUGUCUCGCGACGGCCAGCAGAUGCCUGGACAGGGAGGCUUGCCACCAGGCACCUCUCCGCAGGGCAGCCGUACGGGCGCAUCACCAAAUCCGAGCGAUCAAAUGAAACGCGGCACACCCAAAAUGCCUCAAAGCGGUCUUCCCGGAUCACCCAGUGCAGCGGACCUCGGCCAAAACCGCGGAUCACCGGGAUCAAUGCACCUUAACGGACAGAUGGGAGCCGACAUGGGAGGUCAAUUCUUCGGCGGACCAGGGUCCAACAUGCGUCCCCCAAGCUCUAACCCAUCCUUUAACGGUCCCCAGAUGGGUCAGCCCAUCACUGCCAACACUGCUAAUCGCGUCCCUAGUGGUCAGUGGCCGCCAGGACAAAUGCCGCCUCAGCACUCUCCUGCGACCCAGCCUCAGGUUGGCACACCGCAGGAACGAGGCAACAUGCCUCCACCUCAAGCACCGCCUACCGCGGGUGGUAACGCAGGUCGUGCCCAGGAGUCUCCUGCUGGUAGCAAUGCUCCCCCUACCCCCCAGCCACCUUCCAAACCAGCACCCAAGAAGCGUGACAAGAAGACCACAGCCAAGGGUGGCAAGAAGGGUCAAGGUGCCCCUGCUGCUGCAUCCGCUGAGGCUACAGACCCAGCGCAAACACCGAACCCACCCACUCCAGUCACUCCUCAUCCUCCCAACAACACCUUCAAGGGUGGAGCCAACGCAAACAACGCAGGCCCACCACCCCAGCAACCCUCAGCUCCUGCUCCUCCCCCGAUGGUUCAAUCUACUCCGGACCAGUCUCAGCAAUACCCUGCUGAAAUCAGCAUCACUGAUAACACUCCCUUCAACCUUGACUUCAGCGCUCUGGAUAACCCCGACAUCUUGGAGAGCUUUGACUUUGAUACAUUCCUGAAUACCGAUGCUGCUGGGACUGACUUCGGCUUCGACCCAAGCAUGCCCUAUAACACCGAUGGUGUUGAAACUGGGGCUGGUGACGGUCUCUGA